CACAUCAUUUACGCUGCUAUCACGGUCGGUUGCACGUUCCUGCUGGAGGUAACACACACUGAAUGUUGACAGCUUCACAGGUAGAAACAACCGUCCACGGGCUCGUCUCUUUCUAUUCCAGUGUCCGGACCCCAUUCGCUGUGAGCCUGGGUUUGCCACACUCCAAAAACAGCCAUUCGAAGUCCAACCAUUCCGGUAGAAUGGACAAAGAGAAAACGGACUGGAAGAUUGAAAAAGAGAGACUGUUGAGUCUGAACCUGGAGGAGAGACGCAAGGAGUAUCGUCGACAGGAGUACACAACGCUGGGCGAGGUCAUCACCUGGAGACAGGAGUGUAAAGAGAAUGCCAAAGUGGAAGAAAGCGAGCCAACAGGUGGCAGCAGCACGAGCGACAAAGUUUCCCUCCACAAAGGGGACAUCACCGUCCUGGAGGUGGAUGCCAUCGUCAAUGCUGGUAGGAACCGACUCUCUCUCCUCCCCUUUCGGAACUGCCGCUCGGAUCUGAACUUGCAGUCUUCCGGUCGCUAUGCAGUCAUUAGGUUGUCCUUUGCUGCCCUCUUGUGUCGUAACCCCGGAAGUGCAUGCUGGUGUCGGGAGAAUUUUCCAUCGGAUGGGUUUUAGUAACACGGUGACUGUUUCAAUCGCUGUAACACGCGUGCCAUAUUCUAGUAACAUGAGAUGAUUACAACAUUUAAUCAAAUCUGAACCAUUUUGGAUGAACCAUGAGUUGAAAACAUUGUGAAAGGCAGGAAUCUUUUAAUUCAACAGUUGUCCUUCAGAAGAAAAAGGGAUGAUCCGUGAAAUAAAACUGGAGGAGCAAUCAUUUCUGGAUGACGCAGAAGCAGCAAGGAACGCAUGAAAAGAUGAUUUUCAUUAUCUCCUUUUCGGUAGAUUUGUCUGAAUGCGGUGUAAUUUACGUCUGGCUCCAUAUAAUCUGCACCGAUUGGGAAAUGUGCUGAUACAUGGUCUUACCCUGCAGCCGUCGCUGCUGUCUGGAACUAUUUCUGAGCCGUAGAGUCUGAUGGAGGCUAGAUUCAGACAAUGCUCCCGCUCUGAUAUCGUCAUAUUCUGCUGCUUCAUGUCUGUUCUUUCCUAAUAGGCUUCUGGGAAUUAAUAUACCGCUUUGUGAAUGAAUGAACAAGAGAGGAUGCA